CCUGCAGGCGACACACCGAGGGCUCCGCGAGGGUCACCAAGGCUAGGAGUCCCAAGUCCUGCAGCGAGUUGCAGCGACCUGGCCGCAGCUCACCACUGAACUAGAGAUGCGCCUUUGCCAGGAGGCAGUAAAUGACCAGACGGUCGCGGGUCGCCAGGUCCGGAGCUGCGCACCAGAUUGCCAGGAGGCGGUGGGAGCCGGGAGGCGCCGGGGGUAAGACGGGGGCACCCUCUGUAUCGUAAAGGACCCAGAACCCGGCACCCUCAACAUCAUAAGGAACCCGACGGAUGCGGAAACCGAGACGGGCUGGAUGGGAAAGUCUUUCCAGGAAGGCUCCGGGGCCCUCAGCUGGUCUCCGACCUUCCCCUGUAACCUGUGACACCUGCCAUUUUCCCAUCUUCGGCGAAGGCAAAGCCACCCUUGCGUUUGCUCCAGACAAAACUUCCAGAGUUCCCUCUGACGCUGGAGUUUUAUCCUCAGAUCCGAGAUCCAACUGGUCACCCAUUCGUGAGUUCCCAUCGGCCAAUCGUGGCCUAGUGUCCCAGCGAGGAUGGGAGAGGCGUGUAAGGACGAAGUUGCCUCCUCUUGAGAACCAUUGCUGCGGGUUGCCGUGCUCUCUGAACUUGUGCAGAGUGAAGGCUCAGGGCUCCAUCCAGCUCGAGACACCCUCGCUCCCCAGCACAGUCGGACCUUAGGAUCGGAGGCUUUUAACAUC